UGGAUGGUAACAGUUUUCAGUUACUACGUCAUGUUUUGCACACAGUUGUUUAUUCCUAAUGUUUCACUUGUGAUGAAGGUGUAACGACCAAUAUAAAACGCAGAUCAGCUGAGUGUUUAUGCACAAAUGGAUUUAGUGAUGAAUGGAAUCCAGCUUCAUAAACCACUCAGCAGUGAUGGAGAAGCAUCUGUUUCAGACUGCACAACAGAAUGGGAAAUAUAUGAGGUCAAUUUACCAGAUUCUGUUGAAAAACUUCAAAAGCAAACGAUACUUAGGCUUCAGUUAUGUAUGGACGAAUCUCAGACUGAGUUUGCAGAAAAUCACAGGCGAUGA